CGUUCCCUUGACUUCCGGUGUCGUGUUUUGGGCGAGUUGGCGGCCCAGGAGGAGGAGGAGGAGGUCUUCUCUCUUUGAGAGGCGCCAUGGCCGACAGCGCAGCCUCGACCCUCGCCGAGUCAGGCUGGUACCUGUCAGAUGAAGGAAUCGAAGCUUGCACAAAUUCAUCUGAUAAAGUCAACAUAAAUGAUAUUAUCCUGAUUGCACUUAAUACAGACUUAAGAGCCAUUGGAAAGAAGUUCCUCCCCAGUGAUAUCAAUGGUGGAAAGUUGGAAAAGCUAGAAGGCCCAUGUGUGCUGCAGAUCCAAAAAGUUCGUAAUAUAGCUGCACCAAAGGACAAUGAGGAAUCUCAGGCUGCUCCCAGAAUGCUGCGCUUGCAGAUGACUGAUGGGCACACAAGCUGCACUGCAAUAGAAUAUAAAUACAUGUCCAAAAUAAGUCUGAACACUCCUCCUGGAACCAAAAUUAAAUUAUUGGGAAUUGUGGAAAUGAAAAAUGGCUUCCUUCUUCUGGAUGAGAGCAACACAGUAAUUCUUGGAGGUGAAGUGGAACAUCUUAUAGAAAAGUGGGAGUUACAAAGGAGCUUAUCAAAACACAACAGAAGUAACAUAGGAACAGAAGGUGGCCCUCCUCCCUUUGUGCCUUUUGGGCAGGUUGAUGAAAAGGCUCUCAAACACAUAACAGAAAUGGGUUUCAGCAAAGAAGCAGCAAGGCAGGCAUUAAUGGAUAAUAGCAACAACCUUGAAGCUUCAUUAAAUUUUCUUCUGAACAGCAAUAAGCAAAUGACUGUUCAAGGACCACCCAUUAGAGGGAAAGGAAAAGGCAGAGGCCGAAUACGGCCUGAAGAUGAAGAGGAAUUGGGAAAUGGCAGGCCAUCUGCUCCAAGCACAUUGUUUGAUUUCCUGGAGUCUAAAAUGGGUACUCUUGCAGUAGAAGAACCAAAGCUACAGACAUCAUUGCAUCAGCAGGGACAACACAGAGUAUUAAAUGCUGAGCAAAAUGGCAUAAAAAUAUAUAACCAUCAAAGGCAUAUUCCUCGAAAUGAAAACAGGCAGCCAAGGAAUGAGAAACCACCACGUUUUCAGAGGGACAGUCAGAAUUCAAGGCAUGUCAUGGAGGGAAGUGGAUUAUUGAGAGCCAGAGCUUCUGAAAGACAAAACUCUUUGGGCCCUGAUCAAUGGACUGAAGAGAGAAGCAAGUGUGAUAGACUUUAUCCUCGAAAAGAUCUUGCAUAUCCAGCACCUGUUCACCCUGGUGACUUUCAUUUCAAGAGGAGGGACAACGCUAUACAAAACAGACAGGGAAAAGUUAUGUCGUUUAUGGAGAAUUCUGCUAGUCAAGAUCCAGCUGAUAACAAUAACCAGAAGCAGGGAAAUAGGGAAACCCAGAUACACCAUCCUGAAAACUUAUAUGACAGGAAAACACCAAUGCUAGCAAAUGAAACUUUCACCAGUUUAAAAAAUGAGCAGCAUUUUGGUAUGAACAUAGAUUACCAAAAUUCUGCUAGAACUGAUCGUUUUAGUUCUGUACCAAAUGGUGAUUUGGAACAUUUUCAGAAAGGAAGGAGAGUUGGACCUAUUAAAAUGCCUGCACCCAAUGCAACAACACCUUUCGAUGUUAAAAUGUGUUAUGAUAUUGGGCCCAAAAAAAGAUCUGGGCCUAUCAAACCAGAUAAAAUCUUGGAACCAUCUAAUUCAGGAGAGUAUGGGAAAAACUGGCAACCAGGAGAUGAAUGUUUUGCUCUUUACUGGGAAGACAACAAGUUUUAUCGGGCAGAAAUUGAAGCUCUUCAUUCCUCUGGGACAACUGCAGUUGUUAAAUUCUGUGAUUACGGAAAUUAUGAAGAGGUGUUACUAAGCAACAUCAGGCCCAUUCAAGCUGAUACCUGGGAUGAGGAAGAAAUGGGUUAUGAACAAACUUUAGAAUUCCGCAGAGGUGGUGAUGGUCAACCUCGGCGAUCAACACGGCCCACUCAACAGUUUUAUCAACCUCCAAGAGCUAGGAACUGAUCAAAGGUGUUUGUUGCGGCAAAACCUCUUGACGUUCUGUUCAGUGCUCAAGAUGUCUCACUUUGACUCAAGGAUGGCACUUGACAACAAAAACAGGGAGGACAAAAUAUAUCCCAUGAGAGACAUUUUUUUUAGUUCCAUGAUGCUAAACUUUUUUCAUACAAGGAUCCCAUUGUUAAUACUGCCAUCAAUAAAAGACAUCAUGCUUUA